GACUCCAUGUUCUCCCUGGCCCUGAAAUGCCUUAUCAGCCUCUCCACCGUCAUCCUCCUGGGCCUCAUCAUCGCCUACCACACACGGGAGGUGCAGCUCUUUGUGAUCGACAACGGAGCUGACGACUGGCGGAUAGCGAUGACCUACGAGCGCAUCCUCUACAUCGGCCUGGAGAUGCUGGUUUGUGCCAUACACCCCAUUCCUGGGGAGUACAAAUUUUUCUGGACAGCCCGCCUGGCUUUCUCCUACACGCCUUCUCGGGCAGAGGCGGACGUGGACAUCAUCCUGUCCAUCCCCAUGUUCCUGCGCCUCUACCUGAUCGCUCGGGUGAUGCUGCUGCACAGCAAGCUCUUCACCGACGCCUCCUCGCGCAGCAUCGGAGCGCUCAACAAGAUCAACUUCAACACCCGCUUCGUCAUGAAGACUCUCAUGACCAUCUGCCCCGGGACGGUGCUAUUGGUCUUCAGCAUUUCCCUCUGGAUCAUCGCUGCCUGGACGGUGCGGGUGUGCGAGAGGUACCACGAUCAGCAGGACGUAACCAGCAACUUCCUGGGGGCCAUGUGGCUCAUCUCCAUCACCUUCCUCUCCAUUGGCUACGGCGACAUGGUGCCGCACACCUACUGCGGGAAGGGCGUCUGCCUGCUCACCGGCAUCAUGGGCGCUGGCUGCACAGCACUGGUGGUGGCCGUGGUGGCCAGGAAGCUGGAGCUCACCAAAGCCGAGAAGCACGUCCACAACUUCAUGAUGGACACACAGCUGACGAAGCGGAUCAAGAACGCUGCGGCCAAUGUCCUGCGGGAAACGUGGCUCAUCUAUAAGCACACCAAGCUGCUGAAGAAGAUCGACCAUGCCAAAGUCAGGAAGCAUCAGAGGAAGUUCCUCCAAGCCAUUCACCAGUUGCGGAGCGUGAAGAUGGAACAGAGGAAGCUGAGCGACCAAGCCAACACCCUGGUCGACCUCUCAAAGAUGCAGAACGUGAUGUAUGACCUCAUCACCGAGCUCAACGACCGCAGCGAGGACCUGGAGAAGCAGAUCGGCAGCCUGGAGUCCAAGCUGGAGCAGCUCAGCGCCAGCUUCAACUCCCUGCCCCUGCUGAUGGCCGACAUGCUGCGCCAGCAGCAGCAGCGCCUGCUCGCCGCCGUCCUGGAGGCGCGGGGGGUCGGCGUGCCUGUGGGCACCCCCCAAACGCCCCUCUCCGAGAGCCCCAUCGGGGUCAGCUCCACCUCCUUCCCCACCCCAUACACGAGCUCAAGCAGCUGCUAAAACGCAGUUCCCCCCGCCCCCCGCAUCCUCCAUGGACAGGGGAAGCGUUUCCGCGCAGGUCCCGAGGUCUCCAUGGACUUUCUUCUGGUCCUCGAACCGCCACAGGACCCUUCGGCCAAAGCCGGUGGGACCAUCCGUGCCGAGCGACGCUCGGAGCUUUGCCAACGCCUUGGUCUCGGGAAUCGCAUCCCCGUUCAGGUGCCUCUACACGUGGUGAAGGAAGGGGACGGGAGGUGACGCCUCGGGCGAGCCCGCGCCGCGGCGUCCGGUGGCGGACGGAGAAACCCACGCUCAAUCUCAGGUCUUCACAUUUGAAAACAAAACAAAACAAAACAAGUCAGAAGCACUGAAGCAACGGAGACACCAGAGGGAGAAGUUCUCCUCCCCUGCGUGGACCCCGCCGGGGGCCGGGGCGCUCCCCUCGCCCCCCCCACCCCCUCCCACCAUCGCAAAGCACCGCCGGGCAGAUGCCAACGUGGUGGUUUCUUGCACAGGCUCUGACCUUCGCUGCCCACGCUCCAUCCCAUCUCCUUACCGGGACCCACGUGAACCCCCCCGUGCGUUGCCGGGCGGGUGACAGUCUCUGGCCGUAACCUGCCGGGGGGGGGUUCUCUGGAGCUGUGAGUAUUUUCUGCCCGGGCAGAACAAGGGACACUUCUUCUUUCUGGUCCUCGGUGUCACAUUCUGCCUGGAGACACGUGCUGGAGCCAGGAAAGCAGUGCCUAAAGCGUGUGGGGAUGCGGGGCCGGGCAGCCCCCGGCCGAUGCGGCGAUGGCCGAUGACGGGGCUGGCAGGCCAGCCCGGGCACCGGGGGGGGGGUCUCCAGGUGCUCACAUCGCCACCCGCCCAGGAGCUCCCCCCUCCCCACAAGCAUUUUGGGAAGCCAACGGGGCUCUUUGGGGCAGCCUCAGAACUGCUGGAUGAGAAACCCCAUCAGCGAUGCCCACCUCCGCUCGCGCCAGCACCGGCCACGCCGGAGCCCAGCCGGCAGCACCAAAUCCACCGUGGCCGAGCAGGGGCUCGGGGGCAAGUGAUGUAGUAGCGGGGGCAGGCACUUCAUCUGUUUAAAACCAAGCCCCAUGGCCUUCGUGCUGUCUCUGCUGGGUUCGGGGGAGAGCAGCAGCACCAUCUGGCACCGGUACGGUGCUCGGCAGUGCCUGCCCCUCAUGGUUUGGUUUUUUUGGGUUUUGUUUCUGGCAUUCAGCUUCCUGAGGUACCCUCGGCAUCACCUGGCUACUUCUGGAACCAGCCAUUUUAUGUUCUGCUUUCACCAUUUUCUCCUUUUUCCUCCCCAGUUCGGCCCCAGGGUCGCGUUCGGGCUCUGGCUGCUGCUGCUGGGCUCUGGCUUUGGGGCUGGUGUUUGCUGCUUUCAAUGAAAACUCAGCAGAGGCUAUUUAUAUAUUUUUAAACAGAUGAAGUAACCAUGUAAUUACUCCGCGAUAUUAAUUACACCUCACCCAGCAGUGUCAGUAAUUGUAAUCAAAGUCACUGUGUUACUCCAGGUAUACUCAGCCUGUAAUCUUCUCCUUUGUAACUCUUUCCCUUCCAUAAAUAACGCUGGAUUUCGUGCGCGUGUAGGCAGGGACGCACCAGCCCGAUGCCGAGGAAUUUGUGUGCAAAACUCCACUUGCUGCUGGUGGUAGGUGGUUUACUCCUCGUGCCCUGCAAUUAAAGUUACAGAGAAAACAAGCAGUAGUUAGCGAGGAGCGCUCCCCCCCAGCUCAGCCAGUGGCAGGAGGAGGAGGAGGAGGAGGAAGGCUGCGAGGCGACAGCAGGGGAGCAGCAGAACGAGCUCCCGGUGCUGCAGAGGGGGCUGUGCUGAGCCCGUUGUGGCCCAGCCGUGGUCGUUCCCGUGGCGUUUGGGGAGGAGAGGAGGCACGGGGCCAUCGCUGCCAGCCUUUUCUGGUCCUUCUGGGAACGAGCCGCUCUCCUUCCCGCCUCUUCCAAGCUCUUGUCAUUAGUGUAAUUGCAGGCUGGGCAGGAUGGCUGGGAGAACCUCGCUGCCUUGGCAGCCCCCCAAGGUCUAUUCUUAGCCCUGCUGCUGCUCCCCGUGUGCCUACAGGUGACCCUCAGCCCUACCUCCCCGGCAGAAGCUUCUGCCCAGCUCUGUAAGAAGGUUUCCAGUGUGGCAAUGGAGAAAACGUUGCAAAUGCUGAGAAUGAGCCUGAAAUGCAGCUUCUCCACUGGCCUGCAGGCAGCCAGCAGAGAAAAACGCUUCCGCACCUCUUCCCGGGGGUUGGGCAAGAGCGGGGUUCGGUGCAGAGAUGAUUCCUGGGGCGUCAGAGAGCCAGAGGAAGUAUUGAUGCUCGAGAAUCGAUAUCGCCAGCGGGAACCUCCUUACGGGCAAACGACCAAGUCUGGGAAAUCAAGCAGAGUAAGAGGAGAGCAGGCGCUGUCGGCUCGCUGGGACCCGGGGCACUGAAGGGGAGUGAAGCGGCGAGAGCUUCAGGAUUGAAACUGGUGUGAGAGACCCUUGUCUUGGGGCAGAGCUGCUGCUCCAGUGGGAUUUCACCAGGGCCGACAGGAGCUGGGCUGGGCCAGUGUCAUCUCUGCACCUCGCACCCUAGACCCCCCUGGACAACCUGCACCCCAAACACCCCCCUUCCCCCCCAGCCUGAGACCUUGUGGCCCUGGGUCUGCACCCUGUGCUCUGCACCUUGCACCCUGCAUCCCAGGCACCCUGCACCCCCAUCCCACCCCCUGCAUCCCUCAUCACACCCCCUGCAUCUCGGGUACCUGCAUCCUGGGCACAUGCAUCCUCUGCCUCCCCAUCCCACACCCAGAAUCCUGUGUACCCCUUCAUCCCACACCCUGCAUCUUGCACCCUCUACCCCACACCCUGCAUCCCC